CUGUGGAAACAGUCGACAAAUCGGUGCCCGAUGGUUUGUCCUACAAGUUCAUGCCCGGAACAAUUCCUCUUGUUGACAUGACAGUUGGUCAGCUGAUAGAAAAUGCAGCGAAACAGUGGCCAGAUCGUGAAAUUUUCGUGUCCGUCCACCAGGGAAUCCGGAUGACUUACAAACAGGCCUUGGCGAGAGCGGACAGGAUAGCAGCUGGACUGCUAAAAUUGGGACUGAAACCUGGGGACAGGGUUGGCUUGUGGGGUCCCAACGAUCUAGAAUGGGCUAUAGUUUUCAUGGGGCUAGUUCGAGCUGGAUUCGUCGCCGUCGCCAUCAAUCCGGUUUAUCGUCAAGGCGAAAUCGACUAUGUUGUUACCAAGGUUGGAGUCACUGCUAUUGUGGCUCCUGCCAAGUUCAAGACUCAGGACUAUUUCUCGAUGUUGGAGAAUACCAGAACGAAGUAUCAAUCUUUGAAGCACAUUAUUCUCUGGAAUUCUGAUAGUCGAACAGGGGCCUAUCGUCUCACGGAUGUCGAAUCUCUGGGAAAUAAGAUUGAAAUCGAGGCGAUUGGUCAGAUGCAGGGAGAAAUAUCACCUAAUAACGCGUGUAAUAUUCAAUUCACAUCGGGAACAACUGGUGAGCCAAAGGCACCGGUUCUAUCCCACAGAUCUUUUGUCAAUAAUGCAAUUCAGGUAAAUCAGGAGACAUCGACAUACAUAGGGUAAUUUCAUUUCAUUCCG